AGCGGGGAGGGAUGUAGCCCAUCGCCAGGCGAGCCGCAGGGUGGGAAGCCAAAGCACCGGCUCCGAGGGAGGUUAUAAAAGGCAGGAGCUGGUGGCUGAUGCCAAAGGUGCCCUCCCGCCCCCGAGCAGCUCCGCUGGGACCCGGACACGCUCCUUUGCACGGAGCCCCGAGGAUUUUAUCCCCGACGGCAGAAGGAGCCGAGCGGGAGCGGGACCGCUGCCAGCCAUGCCCCUGGGAGCUGGGCGCAGCGGGAGCUAAGGAUGGUGCCCAGCCUGCGUCCUGCCCUCCUCCUCCUCCUCCUCCUCCUGCAGGCAUUUCUCCUCUGGGAUAGCCCAGUUGCUGCCUCCAUCCAAGAGCAGUACUGUGAGAGCCUGACGCCUGUCACCAACCACACGGGUCCCCAGUGCAAUGCCUCAGUAGACCUCAUCGGCACGUGUUGGCCCCGGAGCGCAGUGGGACAGUUGGUGGCUCGACCCUGCCCUGAAUACUUCUAUGGCGUGCGGUACAACACCACAAACAAUGGCUACAGGGAAUGCCUCGCUAACGGGAGCUGGGCAGCACGGGUCAACUAUUCCCAGUGCCAGGAGAUCCUCAGUGAAGAGAAGAAGAGCAAGCUGCACUACCACAUUGCUGUCAUCAUCAACUACCUGGGGCACUGUGUCUCGCUGGGGGCCCUCCUCGUGGCCUUCGUCCUCUUCAUGCGCCUGCGGAGCAUCCGGUGCCUGAGGAACAUCAUCCACUGGAACCUCAUCACAGCCUUCAUCCUACGCAAUGCAACGUGGUUCGUGGUGCAGCUCACGAUGAACCCAGAGGUGCAUGAGAGCAAUGUGGUCUGGUGCCGCUUGGUCACUGCUGCCUACAAUUACUUCCAUGUCACCAACUUCUUCUGGAUGUUUGGUGAGGGCUGCUACCUGCACACAGCCAUCGUGCUCACCUACUCCACAGACAAGCUCCGCAAAUGGAUGUUCAUCUGCAUCGGCUGGUGUAUCCCCUUCCCCAUCAUCGUUGCCUGGGCCAUCGGGAAGCUGUACUACGACAAUGAGAAGUGCUGGUUUGGGAAGAGAGCAGGAGUUUAUACAGACUACAUUUACCAAGGCCCCAUGAUUCUGGUGCUUCUGAUCAACUUCAUCUUUCUCUUCAACAUCGUCCGAAUCCUCAUGACAAAGCUCCGAGCUUCAACCACGUCGGAGACCAUCCAGUACAGGAAAGCAGUCAAGGCCACGCUGGUGUUGCUGCCCUUGCUGGGGAUCACCUACAUGCUCUUCUUUGUCAACCCGGGGGAGGAUGAGAUCUCCAGGAUCGUCUUCAUCUACUUCAACUCCUUUCUGGAGUCCUUCCAGGGCUUCUUCGUCUCUGUCUUCUACUGCUUCCUGAACAGCGAGGUCCGAUCGGCUGUACGGAAGCGGUGGCACCGGUGGCAGGACAAGCACUCCAUCCGUGCCCGUGUGGCUCGGGCCAUGUCCAUCCCCACCUCCCCAACCCGUGUCAGCUUCCACAGCAUCAAGCAGUCCACGGCCGUCUGAGCCAGGAGCGAGGUUCCAGACAGGAUGAGGAGCUGGUGUCCGUGCUGUGAGGGACCCUGACAUGGCACAGCACAGGAGCCGGGUCCUGCUGCACCCACUGCAGCAGAGGGUGCAUUAACUCGCUGUGGGAAACCCUACAGAGGCUCCUGCCCUAUUCACUGGGGCAGACCUGUAGGAUAGGACAGCUGAGAGGCUGCUUUGUCACCUCCCUGGCAGCGGUGUGACCUGCUGGGUGGCAGAAGGAGCCAGAGAAGCCUGGAGAGGUUGCAGCAGCCACCCUGUGUGCGCUGCCCCGUGUCCCAUCGUUGUCAUAGCUUUGAGGUGACAGGACACCAGGACCUUGUUGGGACAGCCUAUGAGGCUGGUCCUUGGGAAGCUGGGUCAGCCUUCUAGGGGGAGGCUGUUGGGAAGGGGCAUAACCCUCUGCGGGGAGUUCAAAGCCCUCUGAGUUGACAUGGGAUGGGUGGAUGGAGAGCCCUGGAUGGAUUGCUUUAUGUGGCUGUGGUUUUGUACCACUGGGGUUAUCUGAGCCCUUCUCCUGCUCCUUGCUGCAUCCCCAGGAUGUCCUGUAACUGCUGUUUGGUCUGGCCAGGUCAUUUCUCAUCUCAAUACCAAGGAUCUGAGGCAGAGCAGUGGGGUGGGAGAGGGGAGGGAACAAUGCAGGGUGCAGGGAUGGAUGCCAGGGGCUCUGAACAGCCACAUGGAGGGGGGUAGGUCUGAAGGGAGGCAUAAGGUUUAGGUUAUCCUUUGGCCCACCUUGCCUAGAUGGAUCUAUAGGUCUUUGCAAAGCCCCUGACCCUGUGCCCAUGUCUGGAGGGUGGAAAAGUCAGGAAGAACAGCAGCGAAGAGGUGCUUGAGCUCCCCAGAGGCAGCUACCACAGGGACAUGGCUUUGCUCCCCUCCUCCCUGCCCUGAUCUCACCCAUGCUCAGUGCCAAAGCUGCUCCUUGCUCUCAUGCAGGGGAUGGGGCCAAAUCAUUCCUGCGCAGGGUUAAGUGCCUUGGAGGAGCAGCAGCCUCCCUCCCCGUGCUGGGGACAUCACCACAUCUCCCGUGCAGCUGCCAAGCCCCUGAUGUCCUGUUUCAUGUGGUCACCCAAAGCAGCUCAGCAGAGAGGUCCAUGAGAGGUGGAGCCACAUGAGGUUUGGGGAUGCUCGGGCAGGAAGAUGGUGACAGAGGGGUUAUGGACCGAGUCUGCUCUCUGCAUCCCAGGGAUGUUGCCUGGUUUUGUACAAAUCCCUUCAUGUUCCUGUGCCUCAGUUUCCCUGCUGUAAAGAACAGACCUAAGUGUUUCCUGCCCUAGGGAGAGUUGAGCAUUUGGGAAUUGUCGUGGUCUGAGAUUUCCUCAGGAUACACCGCCAGAAAGGAAUAAAAUCUUCCUCUUCUUAUAGGAGACACAGGCAAAAACCUUCAGUUCUCUCUUUAAGCAUUUCAGAAGCUCAAUAGUUUGUAGCAAAUUCCUCCCAUUUCCCUCCCACUGGGAUUUCCUCCUUGCAUGUCAAUGGUGCAGCCAAAACCAGAACUACCCCAUUGCCCCUGGUAACACACUGGGAGCUUCAGCAGCUCCCUGUAUGACACAGUGACCACAACAAGGACCAUCACCUGUACAUGGGGCAGGUUUUCAUCCUUGUACAAGCUCAUCCAUCACCAACAGUCCCAGAAACUGCCCCUUAUUCAAUAUAUGGGUGAGAAAAAGACCCCCAGAGUUAUUCAAUGGGAAAACUGGGAGCUCCCACUGCUGAUGCUCUACAAGGAGCAGAUUUGGGUGUCCCCACUGUGGGCCAGUUUGAUUAACAAAGAUCUACUGGCUACAGAGGAGGGGAAAUGCCCAGGGAGCUUGUUUUCAUCUGUACAAGUGAUGUUACCAAAAAAGGGAUGUGCUUCACCUUCAAUUUGGAUUUUCCUAAAGCGGUGUCAUUUUGGGUGGAAAAGAAGAUGGAAAAUGCAAAACCAAAGAAAGAAAUUCAACCAGAAGCAUCUGUGUUCGCAUCCCUGGUUUUUCCUUCUGUUGGUGGUCUCUUCUGACUGAUAUGACUUUGCUUUGUGUAGCUGGAGAAAUGUGUGUAUUCUCAGCCUGGUUUGAUUAAAGUUACUUCGAUUCCUCUCACAA